CAUGGGUGCUUUAUUACAACGAAGAAAUAAUUUUGCGAAAAACAGAAUUUUGAAACAUAAUAUUGCAGGAAUAUGAAUCGACACAUUUGCUUACUUUCUAUUAAGACAUUGUUCAUUUUCUGUCCCAAAAUACCAUAUCUACCCCUGUAUCACCAUUGCAGCUGUCCAGGAGGGUUGAGUCAAGUUUAUAGUGCCUAUUCAUCAUCCAAAGUCCAUUACUGAUGCAACAACGUUCUACGGAAGAAGUAGUACUGCCGAGAUUUGUAGGGCGCUUGUCUUCGAGGAUGACAGUGUUCCUUCUACAGUCUGAACCCUGAUCCACUGAAGUCGGGCCUAACAUCAUGGUCAAAAAAGUGACUGUCACCUAUGCUUUAUGGGCCUUGGGUGGACCCUUGGGGCUUCACCACCUGUACUUAGGAAGAGAUAACCACGCUCUGCUGUGGAUGCUCACCCUCGGGGGAUUCGGAGUGGGGUGGGCCAGAGAGUUCUUCCGGAUCCCUGCCUACGUGGGAGAAGCCAACCGGGAGAUGGCGGGAGCAGUGAGAGAGAGGACGACUCGCCAGAUGCCAAGACCGCCACCUGUGAGCGCUGCCAGAUUCGCCGGUCAGAUUUCCGUCGGGAUAUAUUUCGGAACGGUGGCACUGAUCGGCCUGAACUCUCUGAGUUUCUUCUACCUGAUUGUUCUCCCACUGAGUGUGGGCGCCGGGGUCCAUCUGGUUUCCAGUGUGGGAGACCAGACAACUGACCUACACAAGACCCUCCUUGCCUGUAUCAUCACCUCGCCUAUCUUUUAUGGCAGCACCAUCUCUCCUUUGCCCAUCAGCAUUGCCGCCAGUGUUACAGCGGCACAGCACCGCAGGUUCAAAACCCAUCCCCCUUCCGGGAGUCAAAAAGAACUGGGCCCUCGUGUGUAUCGCCUGACCCUGGCCUGGCUGGCCUUCUCAGCUCCGCUGGCUUACUGUGUCUUCCACAACACCACCGCCACUCUCUACUACCUGUCCGACUGUGUGGCAGCCCUGCUGGACAUGUUCUGGUUCUUUCCGUGGCUGCGCUCGGUGGUCGAGUAUUUCCUGCUGCUACCCUACAGGGUCCUGUGCGCCUUUACGGGCUGGGGCCCCUCAGAGGAGAGCUGGAGGAAAGUGUUGGAUAUACUGCUUACAGAGCGCAGUCAGAGGGAGAGAGAGGCCAUGGCUGUGUUGUCAGUGCACGAGGAGUCUUCUGCAGAGGAAAUUGCACAUAGCUACAGAGAGCUGGUGAAGGUUUGGCACCCGGACCACAACCCUGGCGAGAUGGAGGAGUCCCAGAAGAUGUUUAUACAGAUCCAGGAGGCCUAUGAGACUCUGCUUAAACGUCAGAAGCCGCAUAGCAGAAAUGAGUGAAAUAUGAGUGAUAUAACAUACCAGAAGAUCUCUAUGUUCACAUCAUGUAACAAAUAUGUUUAUUAAAGGGAACUCCAGUCUCUGUUUCAUUUAAUAUCA